AUGUUCAAACCCAAAGUACUUUUAAUUGGUCCAAGUGAGUGUGGAAAAACAGUUUUGGGAAAUUUCCUCUCGGACACCACAGAGACAGUGGGAGGAGAUUAUAAUCCAACGCAGGGGGUCAGGAUCCUGGAGUUUGAGUCCCAGACGGAGGGAAAAGCUGACUCAGCCUGUGAGGUAGAGCUGUGGGACUGUGCAGGAGAUUUCAAGUUUGAAUCCUGUUGGCCAGCUUUAAUGAAAGACUCCAACGGAGUGAUCAUCGUGUUCAACCCCGACGUGCCGAGUCAUCUGAAGGAAGUGGAGACCUGGCACUCCACCUUUAUCUCCUCUCAGGGUUUAUCAGACAGCCAGUGUCUGCUUAUCGCCCAUCACAAACCAGGCAGCGGAGCGGACAGCACACGCCCGCCGCUGGCUUCACAGUUAAACAAACUCCCACUGAUUCACUCCAACCUGGAGGAAGACCCUGAGAAAGUCCGCCUGGAGUUCCGCAGUUACCUUGGAAACAUUGUUCAGACUCUGUCAGAAAGCCAAGACCGUGAGGAGAUGUCUAUAUUAAGCUAA